CUGACUCGCCGUGCCUUGCGGUGGAAGAGGCCCGUGCCCUCAGGCACUCACUCGUGGCGUGAGAGGGACGGGGACGUCGGAUCUCCACGACGACGUUGCCUUUGCUUUGCAUCCAGACCGCAAUAUCGCGAUCGACAUCGCACCUUCCUUCGCAAAUAGCUUUCCGCACCACUUACAACUCUCCUCUUUGGAAAACCUGCUCGGCAGACAGGGAAAGACACGCCAGGAAUGGCCAUCGACCGCAAGACCCGUCCUCCCGAAGGCGGGGCACCUAGCUACGAGUACGUGCAAGCGCACGACGCGGCUUCUGCUCCUCCUUCUUAUGAGAGUGUGGUGAGGGAAGGAGCUGGUACUGAGAGCCAGGCUGGUCGAUCCGAUUCUACCAGAAGGGCAUGGAUCGCCCUGCAAAGACGACAGAGCGAGGCGUCCCUUUCUUCUUCUUCCGACGACGACGAGACGUCAGCAUCCGUGGAACAAGGAGUGGCAGUACGCUCUCCCGCCUCCUCUCCCUCCUCUCUGUACCCCUACGACAGAUCCUCAGCGUCGUCGUCGUCAUCGUCAUCAUCAUCGUCAUGGUCACCUUUCGCGUCGAUCUUCCACCGCCUGGCCAAGUGGCAUCGCGAGCAACGCAGCCGCUGGCUGGCGGCCCUCGUCGAGCACGAGGCAAUGCAUCGGCGCAUGCUGAUGAGUGGAAUUGGGCUCGGGCUUGAUCUCGACAGUGAGAGCGAGGCCGAGGGCGAGGGUGAGGGCGAGGCCGAGGGCGAGGGCGUGGUCGGCGGACAAAGUGACUUUGAGCAGCAGCAGCAGGAGGGAGCGCCGUCAUCAUCAGGCUCUGGGGUUGCAGGCGCAAGCACGCGAAGACGAAGACGCAACGCUUCCACCUCCCUCGAAAUGACACGCACCAAGGACAAGGAGCGCGCCAAACGCCUUCGCCAUCGUCAUCGUCAUCAGCAGCGUCUUCUCGCUCAUCAUCGUCGCAUGCUCUUCGCCAAGGUCUUUUGGGUAGCUGUCGCUGCAGGCAUUGGGUGGUGCUUGCGCUCAUCACAGGAGAAGGCUGCCCAAAGUGGGGCUGGUGGAGGAGGAGGAGGAGGAGGAAAGGAGGAGUGGGGCUGGAGUGCCACAGAAGGGACAGGGCAGGUCGAUGGGGGGAGAAGGUGGAGAGAAAAGGGCACCGAGCUGAUGAGGGGUUGCAGGUACGUCUGGCGCUCUUGCCGCUAGGCCGCUUCAGGUCAGGAUGGCGCUCAAAGUGAUAUGUUGUAGCAUUACGUUCCAAUUACAGGUCACGUCACCACUCAUUCCCCCAUGCUUUGGUUCACGUCAUCGCUAGAAGGUCAACUCAGGCAGUACCCACUCCCCAUCCCUACCUCUCUCCACCUUGUGUCUGAUCGUAAAGUCCUCCGCCGGGCUCAAAGUCCCAUAAACAUGCGCAAAGACAGUCCCCGCCGCUUCCUCCCACCUCAACCUCGGUGACUCCCCAUCUUCAGGCCCCAAUCGUUGCCUCUCCACACCGCAGAUCCACACCUCCGGUUCGGUGGAGAAGAAGCGACUCAACGUGCCUGCGAGCUGGCGAGAGGUGGACAGGUGGAUGAACCCAUCGCUCAGGUCUAUGCUUGCUCCGGUCCACGAGGAGGAGGGCGUGGUAGGGAGGGCAG